CAAUCGCCGGAUCGACCAGAAGCCAAUAGAGACGGCGUAACGAGCGAGCGAGAGAGAGAUACAAUGGCGGCAAGCCUUAUGAACAGAGCCGUCUCUAGAACCGAAACCUUCGGUGCUUUCAGACUCUCUCUCAACCUCCUGAGACAUUUCUCAUCGCCGGCGGCAGCAUCUCCGGCAGCUGAAAACCCUAGCUCCGAUCCGAUUAAAGCUAAAAGAAGGAAGAGUAAGAAGAACCUUAUCGAAGUCGCUCAGUUCUUACCCAAUUGGGGAAUCGGAUACCAUAUGGCUAAAGCUCACUGGAACGGAGUCUCUUACGAGAUCACUAAGAUCAAUCUCUACAAGGAUGGAAAAGCUUGGGGGAUUGUUCACAAAGAUGGCUUGCGAGCUGCGGAAGCUCCAAAGAAGAUAAGCGGAGUUCACAAACGCUGCUGGAAGUAUAUACCUAACCUGUCAAAGACCACACCUGCAACCGCCCCCCAAGUAGAAGCUGCCUGAUCUGUUUACUUCCAUUGUUUGUGGGUUACUUAUAUAUAUAUCUGUUUUUUCAAGCAUGAAGAAGGAAUUAUCCAUAAUCUUCGGAUGAUAGUUGGUUUUUAGGUUCAUCUUAUUAUGACGUUGACGCUUCUUGAGAUAGAUUUUGAUGUGUCUGCAUCAUUGAGCCUAGAGUUUAGCUACUACAUUUAUUUUGAACUUGUUUUGUAGGAGUUUUCUGCUUUUUUAAUAAGCCUCAGUUACCGCAGGGUUUGGUUUGUAAUCGACAAGACUUUUGUUUUGUUUUUGAGAACCGACCAGAUCAAUUAACUAUUGUUCUGUACUUUCUUAAAGUGUCUGAAAUUUUGUUCUGUA